AUGGAGCGCGAGAAGUAUGGGAACGUGAUGGGAGGGAAGCUGUCUUUGAAGGGCAUGCCGCUCUCGAAGAAGUCCAAGAAGAAACGAAAGCGGGAGCAUGCAGAAGAGACCGAGGAGAAGGGCGACGUGGCGAAGAAGCAGGAGACCGAGGUACUCGUGCCCAUCGCUGCCAUGACCCCUGCGCAAAAGAAGCAUCAAAAGUUCAAAGCCAAGCGGGAAGAAGAGGACAUCAAGAAGCAAGCGUCCAAGACAUACCGCGAGCGCGUAGACGAGUACAGCCAGUACCUUGGGAAUCUGUCGGAACAUCACGACGUGCCUCGCGUGUCGGCGGCCGGGAAUGACAUUGGGCUCGAUUUGGCGAGGAAACGGCAUCGAGCAAGCAGUUGCGACGAACCCGCCGAAGCCGUCGUGCGGCAUGCGCUGCAGAGUGCCGUGAACGCCAUUGCCGCAGAGAACUCUGUGGACUUGACCACGUUGACGUUUCGCGUCCGGCGGCUCCACGAACAUGUUCCAUCGACGGCAUUACUUGGCACAACCGCGUACUCGAGCGACAUCCCUCUCCGACUGUACCACUCCAAACGCCUAGAUCAUCUGUCGGACCUUCAUGCGACGGCCACGCUGCUGCUUGGUCACCUCGUCCACCAAAGUGAUGCCAUCGUCCAAGUCGAUAGCGCAGAGAACUCGUCCCGCCUUGUGCUGUAUACGCGUCCAGCUCCUCCUCCCGCAGAGGUGCUGGAUGUGACACUUCCUCUGGAGGUUCUCCACCAAGACGACGCGAUCAUCGUCGUCGUCAAGCCCCACGACCUCCCCAGCGUCGACGGCCGCGACCGCCCCACAUCGCUCCAUCGCAUCCUUCGGUCCAAGUACCCCAACGUUCGCAUGGUGCAUCGUCUGGACAUGGAGACGUCGGGGGUGAUGGUGGUGGCGCGCACAUUGUCGGCGGCGCAGAGUCUGAAUGCGCAAUUCCGAGCCAAAACCAUCGGCAAAACGUACACGGCGGUGGUGGAAGGCCUCUUGUCCUGCGAUAGUUGCGUCAUAAGUGCAUCUUUGGCCGCCGACCCGACGCACAGAGUCAAGCAAGUUGUGGACGAACGACGUGGGAAACCCAGUGAGACCCUGUGCACGUUGCUGCUGCGACACUUGGACAAGGGACACUCGAGGGUACACCUGACCCCCGUCACAGGCCGAACGCACCAGCUGCGGGUGCACAUGCAGAGUGUUGGUCACGCCAUCGUCGGCGAUUCGCUGUAUGCCAGUCAAGAGUGUACGUCGUCGCGGCUGUGUCUGCACGCCACGACCCUGAAGCUCGUCCGCCCCACGACCAACAUUCCCAUGACCUUUUCUUCCAAUCCUCCGUUUUAA